AUGCCCGCUCUCGAUGGAAUCCGAGUUCUAGAGCUCGCAGGCCUAGCCCCUGGGCCCUUUGCUGGCAUGAUGCUGGCCGACAACGGGGCAAGCGUAAUACGCGUUGACCGAGUCAAUCCGCCUCACCAACCCAGUCCCGACGUGCUUAUUAGGAACAAGUCCUCUAUUCAGAUAGACCUGAAGAGCACUGCUGGGAAGGAUCUAUUUCUUCGCCUAGUCAAAGAGGCAGACGUCCUAAUCGACCCUUUUCGACCCGGAGUUCUCGAAAAACUCGGCCUUGACCCGACCAACACGUUGCUGAAACUCAACCCUCGUCUUAUUGUCGCACAAUUGACAGGAUUUCGACGCGAUGGAAAGUACGCGAAAAUGGCUGGCCACGACAUCAAUUAUCUCGCCGUGUCUGGUGUCCUUUCCAUGCUGGGUCCCUCGCCGCGUCUUCCGCCAGACGGUCGCGCGCUUCCUCCGACGCCGCCGGGCAACAUCCUUGGCGAUUUUGCAGCUGGAGGGCACAUGUGUGUCACCGGCAUCAUGAUGGCGCUCUUUUCUCGGUCGCAGACCGGGAGGGGUCAAAUUGUGCACGCUAACAUGGUGGACGGAGCGAAUUACCUUGCAACUAUGCCGAGAAUCUCGACUAAAAUCCCCGGCCAAUGGGAUCGACCUCGUGGCGAGAACCUGUCCGAUGGAGGUUGCCCGUACUAUAACGUCUACGAGUGCAAGGACAAUGGCAACUAUAUGGCCGUUGCUGGGCUUGAACCCCAAUUCUUUUCGGAGUUGGUGAAGAGAUUGGGAUUAAGUGAUCGAUCCUGGGUAGCUAAUAGGGACGAUCGGGAAUUUUGGCCUAAUAUUCGGGAUGCAUUUCAGAAAAAAUUCCGAGAGAAGGAGCGCAAGGAAUGGGAGAAAAUAUUUGAUGGCAGCGAUGCCUGUGCCACCCCUGUAUUCACCCAUGCGGAAUUGGAAGACGCCGGAUACGAACAACGCCCUGGCGUGACACUGACAGGGACGCCGGCCUUGGAUGGAGGUCCAAGAUCAGGUUGGGACGUUGAAGUUUUGGGACUCGGCGAGGGCGGCGAGGAGGCAUUAUGGAAGUGGAUGGGCUGGCAGCAGGGAAAGCAUUAUGAGCAAGUCAACGGGGGGGUUGCAAAUUAA